AUGUCUGAGCUCACCGACGAGGACUGGGCCUCUCUACUCGGGGAAGAUGCUAUACCUGGCCUGAACGAUGCAGAUGAGGACUCCAGUGAUGAGGAAGACUCUGAUGAUGAUGAUCCUAUGCCCCUCCGCUCACAGUCCCCAACCAUAUCGGAGGAGCCUCCAGCACCAGAUAACACACCUCAGCGUGUCAAGCAGGCCCUCGCUCAUUUGUCUGACCUGGGGCUCGACUUUACAACAUUUGUGGAUGCAGUUCUUUGGGGAAAUGAAGCCUGCCGUCGUGACAGCAUGAUUCGCGGCACUCGUACAAACUUUAUGAACAGUCCAGCAUUUCCAAAUAUUCUCACUCGACUAUGGGACCCACCUCGGGCGCAGAAAGACCGACCGGCACGGCUGGUGAUGGAGAAUUUUGUGCAGCAGGCAUGGUCAGACUUGUUGGUCCGAGAGCUCAAUGGAUUAGCAUCAUUUUUCUCGUCCAAGAAGGGAGACGAUGUGACUGUCAAAGCCCUAACAAGCCUCAACUUCAACAAGCUUACAGCAGAGGUUCAAGAGAAAGCCCCUCAUCUCUGGAAGGCGCUUUUGACGCUCGCAGUGUCAGAAGAUCAGAAGCGGAAUACUCACAAAAAUCCCUCAAAAACAAUCGUGAUGAUUCUUGCUAUGCUAUCGUACUCUCGUUCACACAAACGGAACCUCUUCCAAAAAGCUCUCUCCGUUUAUGCCAAGUUUCGAGGGUUAUCUGCGAAAGCAUUCGAGGCAUUUCAUGCAAUGGGAAUCCUGAUGUCCUAUAAGUGGACAACAGACUCGGUUGAGAGUAUUUCGAAGGCGUCGAUGGAGGAGGUGGUUCAGCUGUUGAAGGUCUUCCAGUGGAUCCUAUCUUAUGAUAACAUCCAGCUGGCAUUCCGAGUCUUUUCUCAGCGGCUCGAUAACCUGGGCGAAUUCGGGAGUGGAUGUGCCGCUACAAAGUCAAUCGCGCCUUUCAAGUCCAUCGAGCAAAAGGGAAUGCUGAAUCCAAUCACUGUCGGUGACGUUCUUGAAUUGUCUCAAAAGCAUCAAGCAUCUAUCGAAGCUCGCAUGAUCUACCACACACUCCAAUUCCUUCUCCAAAGCACCGACUUUAACCUCGGAGCCUAUCAGCACCGCGAGAGCGAAAUCCUCAAAGCUCCCGAUUGGCUAGACCCACUUCCCGCAGGCAAAGAGCAUACUGCAUCACAGUACCUGCUUGGUAGCGUCAAUAUCACCGAAACAAGUUACGACGAUCAUGUCAAACUCAUUGUGGAAUGGCUGAAGCAGCUCGGAAUUGAGGUACCUGAAGAGCAGAAGAAGUUGGGAUUAGAGAAGCUGAUUGCCUGGUGCGGAGACCAACUGACCAUCGAUCGCCUUCGAGGCCUUUGGCGUUUCCGAGCUGGAGAUUCGAAUUCAUUUGAUCGUCUUGACUGGAUGCUGACAGUUUUUGGCUGGUUUCAUCUUCAGAUGGCUUACGCACAGUCAAUCUUCAAGCAAUACCUCGGAACUACCAAAGGCGAGGGCUUGCGAAAGGCUUUCUCCACGUUGAAGCGCCGUGGCCUCCAGACAGCCUCAAUCAAAGGCCCAUUCCACCAGUCUCUCGAGGAGGCCAUCUACCAUGUCACCGAAGCCCAUCUUCUCGUUGAAUGGAAACGAGCGGGACAAGUGUCAUCAUUGCGUGAGCUGCAAAGCAAGUCUCCGACAGAGCUGAAGAAGAUGGCGACAACAAUAGUAGCUGAGCGAGCAUCCACGGAUGCUCUCAAUAAACUCGCAUUUGAAUGGGAUGACGACAAGGCAGUGAUCGACGAGGGCCUCCGCCAGUCGAUUAUGUAUAAUCGGGAUGCAUUGCAGUAUAUCGUGCUCGACGAAGCUAUCAAGAAUGGCGAUGUCGGGAUGAUGGAGGCACUCUUGCCAACACUACUCUUCCGCUUCAUCGGUGGUGGGAACAAAAAAUACCAGGUUGAAGUCUUGGAAUUGCUCCAGGGACUCGAGCGAGAAUGGACACUGGAAGUGAAGCAGUUUAUUCGCGAAAAUUGCUGGGUCGUCAAUUUUGUCGGUCGUCGCAACUCCCAUGUACCUAUCGACCAGGCACAAGAGCAUAACAUCAAGGAUAUCAAGGUAACAUACCGCUCCGAGGGCUUCAAGAUCAACUGGUCGUACUUGAAGAAACUCCAUCCCGCUAUACCAGUCAUUCGGGCUCUCUGCGAACACAUGGAACAUGAGUUCGGGACAGAUACACGAGGCAAAAAACAUUCCGCACCACGAAAGGAUCAAGAUGUUGCUGCACUCCAAAAGUUGUUUGAAGACUCAACGCUCCAUGAAUAUGAGGCAGGCCGUAAAAUCACAGGCAAUGACAAGUCCGUGGACUACUAUGAAAAGGGUCAAUUGACAUGGACGGAAGGGAAGGUGACAGAGAAGUGGCUCGACGGCCGCAACUUUGAGAGAUCGACAGCUGAGCUUUGGAAUUGA